AAAAAAAAGAUUUAGAAUAAACACAUGGACUCCAAUCGCUGGACGUCCGAUCGAUUCCUGGCCAAAAAACCUAGAAAAGCUCCCAAAUUUCAAUGGAAACAAAUCGAUACGCAAAGUCACCCAAAUUCUCUCCUUUACUUUCAAUCCAUGCAUUCCAGAUCGCAAUCGGAGACCUCAACAUGAACAAGUUUCAGUUCUUUCCUUAAUUUGUUUUUUCGAUUGACCACAUCCAAUUUCACUCUGAAAGAUAUCCAUCUCCCAUGGAUGGCUCCAUGGGAAUUAGCAUUCUCUUCUGCUCCAUCUCGAAAGCAAACCGAAUCCUCUACUCACACAGCCUCGAUCGCAACCUGGAAUCCCUCGCCUUCGCCGCCCUGCAAUCUGCGCCUUCUUUUCACUCCUUCUAUUCCCACACCGCCGGAGAUCGAACCUUCGCUUUCCUCUUCGACGAGGGCGGCCACACGUAUUUCGCCAUCGCCGAACGCUCCGCCUCCCUGUUACGCUUUCUUGAGCUGAUGCGCGAUCGAUUUCGCAAUAGCGUCAACGAAGACCGCCUCGUAUCCAUCGUCCACAACUCACCUUCAUCGGCCUUGAUGAAGACGGCCGAGGCGCCAUUGUUGAUCAGAAGUGUGGGCGAUGAAGAGGGCAUGGGUUCGCCGGGAGAGAUGUGGAUAGAGAUGCCGGUUGAGCCGGCAGGACCGAUGCCGCUCCAGAAGAGCUUGAGCGCUAGGGCUUGGAUGCAGCAGAAUGGGCGGCGAUUGUGGUGGCGGCAUGUAAAGAUCUUGGUCGCCAUUGAUUUGCUUCUCUGCUUGGUCUUGUUUCUGAUUUGGUUGGCGGUGUGCCGAGGUUUUCAGUGUAUUGCUUAAAAGAGCUUCUGGUAGACGAUCUUGUUGAGAAGGUGCAUCAUGAAGAUGGCUCCAGUGGAUCUAAUUUAAAUUUACAUCCAAAUUUUACAGCAACAAAAAUCUUGGCUCUCUAUGUGCCUCAAUCCAGCUGCAGACUGCUAGACUCAGAAUAUUCUUCCAUAUAAUUUUUCUGAAAUUACAUGUUUCUCUCAACCAAAGUCAAUGCUGCAAAUGGUGCCUGAGACCUAGGAAUAGAAACUAACAAUGUGAGCCGGUUGAGUCGAAGCCUUCGGUGCCUUCCUCGAGAGUCUAUGCUUUACCAUGGAUCUGCAACCAUUGUGCUGAGACUUCCAUCAUAUUUCUUCAAGUCCUCAUACUGAGACUGCUACCAUUCAAAUUAGAUCUUAUGUCUCUUUUGAUAAUCUAUAGAAAGAUCUGAUUUUGUAGCCACGGAAUGGCUUAGAAAAGAAAAUGGGAUGGCAGAUCACAUUGAGAUCAGUCUGUGAGGAUUAUGCUGCUUGUGUGGUGGUCUCAUUCUCCUAAGUUCUCACCACAAAGGAUUUGUUUAGAAAGUUAAAGCAGCGUCUUCUUGCUGAAGAUCUUCAUUAAAAUCUCUGAAGCAGUAAAAUGAAGGCCAAAUUUUUGUGCUUUAUUGGCUUUUCCUUAAUGUUUCAGUAUAUAAAACUUUGUUAUGUUAUUAGCUUGUAAAUCUACCGAAAUUUGUGUAGAUUUGAAUAUGGCAGAAUUGAUGUG